AUGGCCGCCCCAACUCAUCAGACAAGUCUGCGCGCGACGGAGGAAUCGCAAUAUCAUAACCCAAUACUGGAUAGCCAGCCGCCAAUACCUACUGCCGAGGAUGUCGAAAAGCAAAAAUCGGAAGAGACUACAGUCAAGGAAUCAGCCUUCAAAGGUCUUGGCUGGUUAGAUCGUUUUCUGGCCUUGUGGAUCUUCCUUGCCAUGGCCGUCGGAAUUAUCCUAGGCAACUUUGUCGAAAACACGGGUCCUGCCCUGCAAAAAGGGAAAUUCGUUGGGGUUUCCAUUCCAAUCGCAAUCGGCCUCUUGGUCAUGAUGUAUCCUAUCCUUUGCAAAGUACGGUACGAAUCUUUGCACCAUGUAUUCCGAGAGCGUGGGGUCUGGAUUCAAAUUGGGUUCAGCAUCUUCGUCAAUUGGAUUAUUGCUCCUUUAUUGAUGCUUGCACUAGCAUGGGCUUUCCUGCCGGAUGAGCCAGAGCUUCGGGAGGGUUUGAUUCUCGUUGGGUUAGCCAGAUGCAUCGCUAUGGUUCUCAUCUGGACCGGUCUCGCUGGCGGUGAUAAUGAAUAUUGCGCUAUUCUUGUUGCGGUCAAUUCACUGCUUCAGAUGGUGCUCUUCGCUCCCUUGGCAAUCCUCUUCAUCAAGAUCAUUGGCCACUCGGGCAGUCAAGUUACACUCUCAUAUUCUACCGCUGCCAAAAGCGUGGCGGUGUUUCUUGGCAUUCCAUUAGGUGCCGCAAUCAUUACCCGCGUUGUACUUCGAAAGAUAGCUAGCCCACGUUGGUACGACCAGGUUUUCCUGAAGUGGGCUGGCCCGUGGUCCCUUCUUGGGCUCCUUUUUACGAUCCUUGUGUUGUUCGCAUCUCAGGGCCGCCAGGUGGUUCAUCAGAUUGUAUCGGUCGUUCGAGUUGCCGCUCCGCUCAUCGUUUAUUUUAUCGUCGUCUUCUUCGUCACUCUUCUUGUAACUUACAAGCUCGGGUUUGGUUACAAGUUGUCUGCUACUCAAAGUUUCACUGCUGCCAGCAAUAAUUUCGAGCUUGCUAUUGCUGUCGCUGUCGCAACAUUUGGUGCCAACAGCAAUCAGGCGCUUGCCGCCACUGUCGGGCCGUUGAUUGAGGUUCCGGUACUGCUUGGCCUUGUCUAUGUUGUCAAAUUUAUAGCCAAGCGAGUUGGCUGGAAAGACUGA